AUGGCUGACCCAAGCGGCCCUCCAUCUCCCCCCAACCGUCGUCGUCCUUCAAUUGUCGACAUGUUCAACCCACGAUCCCUUUCUACUACCGCUACUAUGUCCUCCUCUCCCCCCUCUACAGCUGUGCCUGCCAACCCAUCUGCCACCCAACAUCGACGAGGCACUUCCAUCACCUCUUUGGGGCUGACUACAAAUCCUUCCAACCAGACCUCGCCAUUUGGUGCGUUUGCGCGUCAACGGCGAGCGAGCAUUGCUACAUCCUCUGCUUCUGGCUCCCCGGACUGGAGAAACAGCUUUGGAGAUGAGCCUGCGGUGAUCGAAGAAGACGACCAGACGCGGGCAACCAUACAACCCCCAGCGUCCCCUUCAUUUGCACGCCGAGUGAGCUUUGGGGCACAGGCAUUACGAGAUGUCAAAGGAGGAGGGAGUCCUGCAGCUUCUGGCGGUGGUAGGCGCCCCUCUUCUCUCUUUACCUUGGAUGAGAAUUCUGCAAAUGCCACUCCAUCACGUCAAGUUGCGUCGGGGACGGCCAAGACUAUAGGAGAAGGUUUUAACUGGUCCGAGGCCAUCCGUGACAGGAGCAGACGGUCUCCCUCAUUUUCAUCGGGCAACCCAUUCGCCUCCAACUCUGCCCGCCCCCGGUCCGCCAGCAUUUCCGACCCGGCACCACCCAAGGAGAUCUCAAAGCCCACUGAACCCAUUGCCAAGUUGAAGAAACCUGACCACCUGGGCGAGAGAAUGCUGAGAGGUGAUUUUAUGAUGGAUUGA